AUGGCAUCAUCAUCAAGGGCUGCUCUCGCCGUCCUGAUGCUCAGCUGGGCGGCGGUUCUCGCAGCCGCGUCGCUGGACAUGUCGCCGGUGACGUUCCAGGCCGGCUACAUGCCGCUGUUCGGCGGGGGCAACCUCGUGCCGUCGCCCGGCGGCCGCUCCGUCCGCCUCAAACUUGACCGCCACACCGGCUCCGGGUUCGUAUCCAAGUCGGCUUACCACCAUGGAUUCUUCAGUGCUUCCAUCAAGCUGCCCGACGAUGACACCGCCGGUGUCGUCGUUGCCUUCUACCUGUCGAACGCGGACGUGUUCCCUGGCAACCACGACGAGGUGGACUUCGAGCUUCUGGGCAACCGCCGUGGCCACGAGUGGCGCGUGCAGACCAACAUCUACGGCAACGGCAGCACCUCCCGCGGCCGCGAGGAGCGGUACCUGCUCCCCUUCGACCCCACCCUCCGGCCGCACGCCUACGCCGUCGCCUGGACCCCCACGGCCAUCCUCUUCUACGUCGACGGGACGCCCAUCCGCGAGGUGGUCCGCGUGCCGGCCAUGGGCGGCGACUUCCCGUCCAAGCCCAUGUCCGUGUAUGCCACCAUCUGGGACGGCUCCGCCUGGGCCACCGAGGGCGGACGGUACAAGGUCGACUACGCCUUCGCGCCCUUCGCCGCCGACUUCUCCUCGCUCGUACUAAGCGGUUGCCCCGUGGCCGCCGCCGCCGCCGACCUCGUGGCCGCCGACGCCAAGUGCCAGGUCGCCGUGAUGACGGCGGACUGCGCCGUCAUGACCCCCGUCAAGCGCGCCGCCAUGCGGCGCUUCCGCCGGCGGUACCUCCUCUACACGGUGUGCCACGACAUGUACCGCUACAACGGCACCAUCUUCCCCGAGUGCGACGCCGACGGCUCGGAACGCGACGACUUCCACAAGUGGGGCGAGUCCAAGCGCGUGUCGCCCAGCAGCCGCGGGUACAAGCAGCAGCGCGCGGACAUGGCCAUGGCCGUUGCCGCGCCUGGCCGGCCCGACACAUGGCCGGCCAUCGGAACAUUACGCGUUGACUAA